AUGAUGGUGAAAUAUAACAACUUGGAGUAUCAUAACCUGAGACCACCCUAUCCUCUUCCUCACACCAAUGUAAAAGAUAUAUUUGAAAAAAUUCGUCUCAAAAGUCAAAACCGCCAACCGUUAAAACCUGCAAACAAUUUUUUCAUUUAUCGUAACGCCAUGGUGAUGCAAAACAAAAGGCAACCAGAAAAAAUUGAUAUGCCAAAAUUAUCAACGCUCGCUUCUAAAUUUUGGAAAGAAGAACAGCCGGAAGUCAAGAAAUACUACAAACAGUUAUCAAAUACUAUUUACCAAUCAAUCUCGCCAACCGGAGCAACUUUCAAUGGAUAUUCACAAAUGCAAUCUUAUGAAGAUAUUCAUCUAUAUGGAACGCGCGAUAUUUUCUCGUCAAUGGAACAUCAAAAUUCUUUUCAAUUUUUGGAUCAAACAAAUAAUACAAAUGAAACUUUAAUUUCAUCUAAUUUAGAUGCUCUUAUUGUUUCUAAUAGUUUUUCUUCUAAAAAUAAUUAUUUUUGUAAUUGUGGUUGUCCUUCUUGUAGUAAUAGAAUAGAGUAUUUAGAAAAUUAUGUUAAUGAAUUGCAAGAAAAUUCUGAAUAUAAUAUUCAGUAUAACAAAUAG